AUGGCAAAACUGUAUGUGUCUGAGAUUGUAAGACUGCAUGCGGUACCGGUUUCCAUAAUAUCUGGUAGAGAUCCUUGCUUAACGUCUCAGUUCUUGAAGAAGUUACACGAGGCUUUGGACAGACAGAAGUCGUAUGUGGAUCUGAAGUGUAAGGAGAUUGAGGAUUUUGUGGGGGACUUCGUUGUUCUCAAGGUCUCACCAUGGAAGAAGGUACUAAGAUUUGGACAGAAAGGCAAGCUGAGCCCUAGGUUUACUGGGCCUUACCGCAUACAGAAAUGUGUUGGACCGAUUGCUUAUCAGUUAGAGUUACCUCCUAAGUUAGACCGAAUUCAUGAUGUGUUCCACAUUUCUAUGUUGAGGCACUACCGCUCUGAUCCUGCGCAUGUUAUCUCGGUCGAGGAAAUUGAGGUUAAGCCAGACCUAACUUUUGAAGAGGAACUAAUUCAGAUAUUGGAGCAUGAUGUAAAGGUUUUAAGGAAGAAGUCUAUCCCAUUGGCUAAGAUAUCCGUCAAGGAGUUUGUAAUAAACUUUCGUCAGCGGUUUAAGCGGGCUAAACCACACUCGUUCAAUCAAGGCAGGUUUGGUGCUCGUGGGCUUCUGCGCCUUUUCGCAAACAAGGUGUGUAAAACACUGCCUUAA